AUGGCUGACGUUCAACUGGCGAAUGGUGAUGUCCCGGAGGACGGGAUUGCCGACCCCUCCAAAAAAAGGCUGUCUGUGGAACGCAUCUACCAGAAGAAGACGCAGCUUGAACAUAUACUAAUUAGACCCGAUACAUAUAUUGGAUCGGUUGAACGCACGACCACUCUUAUGUGGCUUUAUGACAAAGAGAAGCAAUCGAUGAUACAGAAAGAAAUUACUUAUACUCCAGGCUUGUACAAGAUUUACGACGAAAUAUUAGUCAAUGCUGCGGAUAACAAAGUGCGCGAUCCCACGAUGAAUUGCAUCAAGAUUGACAUUAAACCGGAGGAGAAUCUAAUCCGUAUUUGGAACAACGGUGCUGGUAUACCAGUUGUAAAUCACAGAGUUGAAAAAAUGUUUGUACCUUCUCUGAUAUUCGGUCACUUGUUGACGUCGAGCAACUAUGAUGAUACAGAAAAAAAGGUUACUGGAGGUCGCAAUGGUUUCGGUGCCAAACUCUGUAAUAUCUUCAGCAAAAAAUUUGUCGUGGAAACUUCCAGCAAGGAGCAUAAGAAAAGCUUUAAACAAACAUGGAUCGAUAAUAUGACAAAGACGUCUGAACCCAGGAUUGCGGCCAGCGCAGGAGAGGACUUUACUUGCAUCUCAUUCUACCCCGAUCUAGCCAGAUUUGGCAUGUCGGAGCUCGAAGCAGACACAGUUGCUCUGUUUGAGCGUCGAGCAUAUGAUAUUGCUGCAUCGACCCGGGGUGUGAAAGUUAUCCUAAACGGUGUCCGGGUUCCAAUCAAAAAUUUCAAAGACUACGUCGAUCUUUACUUAAAAGAUAAAGGCGAGGACGGGGAAUCUGUUCCAGUAGUGUACGAGCUUGUCAAUCCGAGAUGGGAAGUCGCGAUUGCUGCAAGUAAUCUCGGCUUCCAACAGGUCAGUUUUGUCAACAGCAUAGCCACCACCAAGGGCGGAAAACACAUCGACUACAUUGCAGACCAAGUAGCCAACAAGCUCGUUGAUGUCGUCAAAAAGAAAGCCGGAAAGUCAGGUGUUGCGGUGAAAGGUUUUCAGAUUCGCGCGCACAUGUGGGUGUUCGUCAACUGUCUCAUCGAAAAUCCCUCCUUUGACUCGCAAACCAAGGAAUUAAUGACACUGCAACAAAAGAGCUUCGGAUCGACGUGUGUUUUGAGCGAAAAGUUCAUAAAUCAGGUUGCCAAGUCUGGCAUAGUGGAGAGCGUGCUUUCUUGGGUGCGUUACAAGGCCCAAGAGAAGAUGGACAAACAGUGUCACAAGUCCAAACACUCGAAACUCAAAGGCAUCCCCAAACUGGAUGACGCCAACGACGCGGGCACCAAAAACUCCGCCUCCUGUACGCUGAUCCUCACAGAGGGCGAUUCAGCCAAGACUCUGGCUGUUGCCGGGUUGAGCGUGGUGGGGCGUGACCGUUAUGGCGUGUUUCCCCUGCGCGGUAAACUGCUCAAUGUGCGAGAGGCCUCCAGCAAGCAGAUUAUGGAGAAUGCGGAGAUCAACAAUCUCAUCAAGAUCCUGGGACUGCAGUACAAAAACAAGUAUGAGACACCGGAGUCGGUGGCAAGUCUGCGAUACGGAAAGAUCAUGAUUAUGACGGAUCAGGAUCAAGACGGGUCGCACAUCAAGGGCCUGCUGAUUAGUUUCAUCCACCAUAAUUGGCCCCAUCUCCUGCACCACAACUUCCUCGAAGAGUUUAUCACUCCCAUCGUGAAGGUAUUCAAGGCCAAGCAGGAAUUGGCCUUUUACAGUAUCCCCGAGUUCGAGGAGUGGCAGAAGAGCACCCCAAACUGGCACACAUGGCGCGUAAAAAGUGGUCCGAUCAUGUACUGCGCUGAUCCGAAAUCGAAGUUGCUCAGCAUGUCACGUCUCCCGAACUCGGCCAUGAUUGCCCAUGGCGCCGAGGUAGCCAACACAUUGACAGACCUGGGUGGUUUGGGUACCUCAACGAGCAAAGAGGCGAAGGACUACUUUGGAGAUAUGAUACGUCACCGUAUCCGCUUCCGUUACUCCGGUCCCGAAGACGACGCCAGCAUCACGUUGGCCUUCAACAAAAAUAAGUCAGAUGAUCGUAAGAACUGGCUGACCACCUGGAUGAACGAGCGGAAACGACGUGUGGAGUUGGGCCUGCCGGAGGACUACCUCUACGGUUCAGGCACACAUGCCAUCACCUACAGUGAUUUCGUGCAUAAGGAGCUCAUCCUCUUCUCGAACAUGGACAAUGAGCGCAGCAUUCCCUCCCUGGUGGAUGGACUUAAGCCGGGCCAAAGAAAGUGGUUCAUGUACUAUCUACUCACAAAUCUAUACUCCAAUUCUACACAGGUCCUUUUCACCUGCCUGAAACGCAACCUCGUGAAGGAGAUCAAGGUUGCCCAACUCUCCGGCUCAGUCGCCGAGAUGUCCUCCUACCACCACGGCGAGGCCUCCCUCAUGGGCACUAUUAUUGGUCUGGCGCAGGACUUUGUUGGUUCCAACAACUUAAACCUGCUCAUGCCCCACGGUCAGUUUGGUACGCGUCUCACGGGCGGCAAAGAUGCCGCCUCACCGCGUUACAUCUUCACCUCACUGAGCCCUUUCACGCGAAAAAUCUUCAGUGAACGCGAUGACGCCAUCCUGAAUUACCUGUUUGAGGACAACCAGCGGAUUGAACCCUUCUGGUACAUCCCCGUGAUUCCGAUGGUUCUGGUCAACGGCGCUGACGGCAUCGGCACCGGCUGGGGCACAAAGAUACCCAACUACGAUGUGAUGGAGAUCAUCGCCAACCUGCGGCGUAUGAUCGACGGCAUUGACCCCCUACCCAUGCUGCCCAGUUUCCGGGACUUCAGGGGUGUCAUCCAGGAACUGGGGGACAAUCGCUAUGUCGUCUUCGGUGAGAUCGCCAUUCUGGAUGAGCAGACGGUGGAAAUCACGGAACUGCCUAUUCGCGUCUGGACGCAAUCCUACAAGGAGGGUGUCCUCGAGGUCAUGCUGAAUGGCAGUGAGAAGGUGCCAGCCUGUAUCCUGGACUACAAAGAAUACCACACGGAUGCGACAGUACGUUUUGUCGUCCGCAUGACGCCGGAGAAGUUGCGUGAGGCGGAGGCCAUGGGUCUGCACAAGUUCUUCAAACUCAGUACAGCAAUGACCACCAACUCCAUGGUUCUCUUUGACCAUAUGGGAUGUAUCAAACGCUAUGCCUCUGUAAGCGAAAUUCUCAAAGAAUUUUUCGAUCUCCGACUCGAGUGGUGA